UAGAAUUACAAUUAGCAGUUUUUUUACACAGAAUUGGAGGUAAAAGUAAUAUUUUUGAAAUAUGUUCACGAUUUGGUAUUGUAGAAGGAACUGUAAUUUUAUAUAUAAAAAAAGUAAUUAAAGUAAUAAUUUCAAAAAAAUCAUUAUUUGUUCAAUGGCCAAAAGGAGAGCAGCAAAAAUUAGUUCAUAAAGGAUUUCAAUUAAUUGGUGGAUUUACAAAUGUAAUUGGUGCUAUUGAUGAAACUUAUUUUAUUUUAAACGAUAAACCUUCUAAUUCUCCGGAAUUAUAUUUUAAUCGAAAAAAAUUUUACUCAAUUCAAUGUCAAGGAAUAGUAGAUUUUCAUGGAAUUUUUAUUAGUUAUGAUAUAGGUUGGCCAGGUUCAAUACAUGAUGCAAAAGUUUAUAAAAAUUCAAGUUUUUAUAAAAAAAAAAAUGAAUUAAUUAUCAAUAAUGAUUAUUUACUUGGAGAUUCUGCAUAUCCAAUUUUACCAUUUUUAAUAACACCUUUUC